GGGUGUACCUGAUUCUUCAGACACGCCCUGUUGCUGCUUGGAUAGCGUCGAAGGAAACUACACAUUUUAGUUCAACAACGUUUUCAAGUCUAUCUUUUUGACGUUUUGGGGUUUUCUACGUUUAAUUAGGACUGGGGUAUUCUUUCUAAACCGAAAUGGGAGCGUGUAUGGCAUUGUGUUCAAUCGCCAGCUGUGCAUCAUGUCUGUGUGGCUCCGCUCCCUGUCUGCUGUCAGGAUGCUGUCCCUCCACCUACAACUCCACUGUGUCCCGGCUGGCCUUCUCCUUCCUGCUGCUGCUGGGGUCCCUGGUCUCUGUCAUCAUGAUCCUACCUGGCAUGGAGACUCAGCUCAAGAAGAUACCAGGGUUCUGUGUUGGUGGAACCUCCAUGACCAUACCAGGCAUUGAAAACAAGGUGAACUGUGAUGUCAUCGUGGGCUACAAGUCUGUGUACCGCAUGUGCUUUGCCAUGGCCUGCUUCUUCUUCCUGUUCUCCAUCAUCAUGAUCCGUGUUCGCAGCAGCAAGGACCCCCGAGCUUCACUACAGAACGGAUUCUGGUUCUUCAAGUUCCUUAUACUGGUGGGGAUAACUGUUGGAGCCUUCUUCAUUCCAGAUGGGACAUUCAACACAGUGUGGUUCUACUUUGGCGUAGUGGGUUCCUUCAUCUUCAUCAUCAUCCAACUGAUCCUGCUGGUGGAUUUUUCUCACACCUGGAACCAGUCCUGGUUGGAGAAUGCUGAGGAGGGAAACAGCAAGUGCUGGUUUGCAGCUCUCCUGUCGUUCACGGUGCUACACUAUGCCCUGGCCUUCUCUGCUGUGGUGUUGUUCUAUGUCUAUUACACCACGGGAGAUGACUGCACUGAACACAAGAUCUUCAUCAGCCUUAACUUAAUCUUUUGCAUCAUCAUCUCCAUCGUUGCCGUCCUGCCCAAAGUUCAGGAGGCCCAGCCUAGCUCAGGCCUGCUCCAGGCCUCCCUCAUUUCCCUCUACACCAUGUAUGUCACAUGGUCUGCCAUGACCAACAACCCCAACCGUAAGUGUAACCCCAGUCUGCUGAGUCUGGUCAACAACACCCCCAGCCCUACACCUGUCCCAGGACAAGAGGUCCAGUGGUGGGAUGCACAGGGCAUCAUAGGACUGGUCAUCUUCUUCUUCUGCACUCUGUACGCCAGCAUCCGAUCGUCCAACAACACCCAGGUGAACAGGCUGAUGCAGACAGAGGAGGACCAGGGUCUGGCUGCAGACGACCACGAGGCGGCCAUGGGGGAGGACGGGAUCAGACGGGCUGUGGACAAUGAGGAAGAUGCGGUCACCUACUCUUACUCCUUCUUCCACUUCAGCCUGUGCCUGGCCUCCCUAUACAUCAUGAUGACACUCACCAACUGGUACCAACCUGACGCAGACUACCAGGCCAUGCAGAGCAGUAUGCCAGCAGUGUGGGUGAAGAUUAGCUCUAGCUGGAUAGGCUUGGCUCUCUACCUCUGGACCUUGGUAGCUCCUCUCAUCCUCUCUAACCGAGACUUCAACUAAAGGCAUACACAUUCCAUCCAGGGCUGUCCCAAAUGGUACCUCUAUUCCUAAGUAGGAAUAGGGUAGGUGUCUUUUCAGAUUUGCUUUACUGUUUGGCAUGUUUUGAGUCACACUACUGGGUAAAAAUUUUUUCAUUGUGCUGCUUGAAGAAGGGAAUCACUGUCGUUUUUGUUUUAUUUAAAAAGAAAAAUGUCCAGGCUUGUCUCAUUGACUAGACUUAACAAGAAUCUGGGACACUCAAAUGAGUAUGAUAUGCAGCGUUUGGUAUGAUUUCAUUAAACUAGUUACUUAAGGCAAAAACGAAAGGAGGGUGGUUGGCUGUGUGGGUGAAUCUCAUCACGGACAAUUUUAGCUAAUUGGCAACUUUGUGACGACUUAAUACUUUUUAGCUACUUUGCAAAUACUUAGCAUGCUAGCUACCUUUUAACUUUAAUCCUUAAGCGUCUAGAUAGUCAUACCAAGGAUCAUUUAGCAACUUGAUUUAGAAUUUUAGGACCCCUUUCGGUAUACAUAAAAUAAUGAUAUCAAGCUUUAAUUAUUUGAAUCAGGUGUGUAGUGCUUGGGCAAAAACCAAAACGUGCACCCCUUGGGGUCCCGAGGACCGAGUUUGGGAAACCCUGGUGUAGAGAAUCAUUGUAACAUCUAAACCGCUGUGAAAUAUACCCUUUUCCAUAACCAAAAAUAUUGUAUUUUCAGCUAUUUGAAGAGGAUGUACAAAACCGAAAGUAACACACACAAAGGAAACUUCAGGAUGGGAAACAUAGAAAUGGCGCACAUAGAAAAGUGAAAGACCUAUACCACACUUCUAUGUGAAUUUGGCCGGGUAGCCCAAAAAGUUACACAUUGCAUACUUCCAUAAAUGUUUUUACUGGUACCGGACUACCUUAAGAUGUGGGCAUCCUAGAGCAAAACAACCGACGUGUUCGGGAGAGUCACUUCUUCAUCGAGGGGACAUAUUAGUGUGUAGUCCAAACUGUUCGGACUCGACAGAUGUUUUCGUGAGGAACGAUAAAAAAAUAAAAAAUAAAUUAAAAAAAAUCCCCCCAUGGAUGUCUCAUGGUCUGGCAAACACCUCUAGCUUGGCCACCUUCCACCACAAAUGCGGAAGGCUGCCAUUGGUGGGUGUGGUGGAUUGAGACAGCCCACGCAAAUAAACUGCUAUCUUUAACAGACAGCUUUGAUGGUGAUGUUUUUUUGUUGAAAUUUUUAUGCUAACUAGAUUUCCGCGGGGGUGCGGAUGUCAACUCUAGGGGGUAACUACUAGCCUAGCUAACGUUAGUCGCAAUAAAUUGGAAUUUGUAACGUUGCAUAUUCGUAACGCAUUGUACAAAUUACUAUAUAUAUAUAUAUAGUAAUUUGUGUUUUCCAUUUAAAAUUUUAAGUCUACCUAUGAGUCCAGGUUGUUGUUAGCCAUAUUUGAGGUUGGUUUUAUCAUUCUGUUUUUUUUUAAUAUACAUACAAAAAUAUUUGCUUGGUUUGACGGUUUUAAUAAUAUUUCUUAACAUAUCUGGUCAGCGAAUCUACUAAAAUGUAAAAGUGCCUUUUUAAACCUACAGAUUUGCUACAUAAUAAACUAGCUUUAUAUUCAAAUUUGUAUAUGAUUUGUAUCUCUAAUGCCUUAUUAUAAUAAUGUAAUAAAUCUGAAUCUCUGAAA